AUGGCAAGCCCUGUGCACUCUCCAAGGCGAUCGGCGAGGAAAGUAACAAAGAAAAUGACGUAUGCAGCCCUUGUAAUGCGCGCCAUCCAGGCCUCGCCCUUUGGCAGGAGCACGAUAGACGAAAUAUACGAAUACGUGGCAAAAGAGUAUCAGGAAGAUCUUCCGGGGGAGCUAUCUGGGGUGUGGCAAAGCUGCAUCCGGCAAAUUCUGAGCCGGGAUGCGCGCUUUAUAAAGCUGCCCCGAAUGCCGGGCGUGAAAGUUUCCGAGUGGAUAUACUUUCCCCCCUUUGGAGACUCAGACUCGCCCCCGCCCAGGAUGAACCAACUAAAACAAAUAAGAAAAGAGCUAAAAAAGAAAGGAACAUACAAAGUAUUCAAAAUAAAAAAAGAAAGAGAAAACUGA